UUCGGACCAAUUGCAUAGAUUGGAUUGUUCAGGUAGGGCUUCGGGUCGGGGUUUUCCAGCCAUGCUCUUUUGAUUUUUAAUUAAUGAAAUGAAAGGCGAUCAAAAGUUGCAGCUCAGCUGCGAAACAUUUUCCCAGUGUCAUCUAACCCGAUCCACCACCAUAGCUUCAUUAAGCUCUUCUUCUUCUUCUUUGCUCUUCUACCGAAGCCCACUGCCGGCUCCGAUGGCUCCUCAACACCUUCUUAUCUCCGUCUCUCUCAUUAUCUUCCUUGUAUUUCCUCCUGGGGCCUCCACCAUUGCUCCUACUAAAGCACCCUCUGCUAAGACCCCAGCCCCAAAGUUACCCCCUUCUUCUUCUUCUUCUUCUUCCAGCCUUGACCCGAAGCAGCUCAGAGCUCUCCAAUCACUGAACCUCCCCACCACCAAGGAUCCCUGCUCACCUCUCCACAACUCCACCACCGUCUGCGACGGAUCCGACCCCUUCCGCCACCUGGUCUCGCUCAAGCUCUCGAAUUGCUCAGAUGACGUGACCUUGUCCCUCACUGCCCUGAAAUCUCUGGCCACUCUCAAGGAUUUGGAGUUCAUCAACUGUGACGUGUCUCCUCCAACCCGCCUCCCCUCCGACCUCGCUGACAACCUCCUCUCUUUCACCGCCUUUAAUAGCCUCCGGAAGCUAACCGGAGUCUGGCUCGGCCGCCUCCAGAAUCUCACCAACUUAACCGUCUGCCGGGUUCCCGUCAAGGCCAGCGGUCCUUUCGUCAUCCUCAAUGCCCUCAAAAACUUAAAAUCGGUCACGAUUUCCCAAGCCAACCUCACCGGGCUUCUUCCCAAGCAUUGGAACCCUAACCUCAAUCACGUUGAUCUGUCCGGAAAUAGCCUCAAGGGAAGAAUACCAGCAUCCCUGACGCAGCUCGAAAACCUUACAUUUUUGGAUCUCUCCUCAAAUUCACUCAACGGAACGAUCCCCACUUCAUUCGGGGACUUGACCUCUCUGAAGAACGUGUCUUUAUCUUCAAACUCACUAUCCGGUCCCAUCCCGGCCUCCUUCGCUGCAAUUCCCGAACUUGUUCACCUUGAUCUCGGCUCUAACCAGCUCAAUGGGACUAUCCCCAAGUUCAUCUCGGAUAUGAAGGGCUUAAAAUACUUGAAUCUUGAGAAGAACAACUUUCAUGGGGUUCUGCCCUUUAAUGCCUCCUUCAUGAAUAGAUUAUAUGUGCUUAAGGUCGGUGAGAAUUCCAACCUUUGUUACAACCACAGUGCGGCAUUGUCGUCUACAAAGCUGAAGCUCGGGAUCUCUCCUUGUGACAAGCAUGGGUUGCCUAUGUCCCCUCCGGGAUCAGUUGCUAGUGAUACUAGUGAUGGAGAUUACAAUGAUGGGAAUGAUGACGACGACGAAGAUGAACCUCGUCACCGAAGCCACGGCCCAAGUAAGGUUUUUCUUGCUUUUGCAAUUGCACUCUCCUCCCUCGUUUUUGUGAUCAUUUUGCUAAUCCUGUGUUGCAAAUGCUGCUGUAAAUGAGUUGAAUUAAUUGUUUCUGUAAUUUAGGAGAUUGAUUCUUCCUUAUUAUUCGUUUCAUUUAAUUAUACACGUUACAAUACUCUUUGAGAUAAGGGUACCAUUGUAUUGUAUUAUUCUUUGUAGGAAGUAUAUACUACUUAUUGCAUGGGAAUGAGUAUUUUGCACUUAGCCAGUGAUUUAUUUUACGUCUUCGCAUUCUAUUAA